CUAAAAUGUGCGAUUGUUGGUAAACAUAUAUCCCGCUGUUUCGAAUAAAAUUGUGUAAUAAUUGUUUAGUAAAUAGUGCAUUUGAAAUUAUGAUUUCUCGAACGUUGUUCAUAAGAAGUUUUCUUCUCACGGGCUCAAUCAUACCCCGGAGCAGUUACUGCUCUAGUUCUAAAUCCUGCUGGAGCUGCAGCCGUUCGGUUGUAGUAAAGGACAAAUUUUUCUGUUCCUCUUGUGGGUCACUUCUAGCCGUUCAAAAUCAGGAUUACUUUACACUGCUGGAUAUUCCGAAAACGUUCGAGCUAGAUUCAACUAGUUUAACAACCAGUUUCCGCCGUUUACAAAGCGUGCUACAUCCGGAUAAAUUUAGUCAAAAAUCUGAGCAAGAAAAGGAAAACUCAUUGGCGUGGAGCUCGUUAGUUAACAAAGCUUACAAAACUCUGAAUGCGCCACUUGAACGUGGAAAAUAUCUCCUUCAGCAGGAUGGCAUCGUAAUAACCGAAGAAAACACCUCGGUAGAUCCCGACUUUUUGAUGGAAAUGAUGGAGCGCAAUGAACAAGUUGAAGAUGCUACUAGAGCUGAAGAUUUAACGAUAAUAGUCCAAUCUUUGCGCAGUGACAUCGAUCAGUUAUACCAUUCACUAAGAGUUGAAUUUGCCAAGGCUGAUAUGGAAAAGGCUAAAACUACAUUGGUACGUUUGAAAUAUUUGCUGAAUAUUGAACGUACAAUAAAAGACAAGCUUUUGGAAUUGCAAAUGAAGUGAAAGUUCUACUCUAGUCAAUGUAUUACAUACGUUAUUGCGUGAUAGCAAAUAGAAGUUUAAAUAAAAUUUGAAUAAAAAAAGUAACAUUAGUCA